AUGGACAAACCACGAUUUAGACCCAAUCCCCAAGAAUCGGCGCAAAUGGGGCGUAGCCAGCCUGAUCGGUAUCCCAUACUUCCCGAGAACCCAGACUCCCGCUGGACCCUAUCUGAGAACUGUAACUCAUACCGCGCAGCAUACUGGAUCUCCGAUGCCUUCAAUGCCGCCACUUGGCAGUUCGCCAGCAGCAUCAUCGCCGUCGGCCUCACCUACCGCGAAGCCUUGGGCAUCGUGGCCCUCUCCUUCUUUAUCAUGUCAUUCGUCAUCGCCGGCAACGGCGCUGUCGGCGCCAUCUACCAUGUGCCGUUCCCAGUGAUCGCACGCGCCAGUUGGGGGUUCUGGGGCUCGUACCUUGCCAUCGUCUCGCGCGUCGUCCUCGCCGUGUUCUGGUUCGCCAUCCAGAACGUGAACGGCGGUAACGCCGUCCGCAUCAUGCUCGGCGCUAUCUGGCCCAGUUUUCUGUCCCUUCAGAACGGCAUCCCUGCAUCGGAGGGUAUCACCACUAACGGCAUGGUCGGCUUUUUGAUUUUCUGGCUCGUGCAGCUACCGUUUCUCUGUCUCCAUCCGGACCGGCUGCGCUGGUUGUUCGUGGUCAAGUCCGUGCUUGUCCCAAUUGCCUGGAUCGCCAUUCUGAUAUGGGCCUUUGUUGCCGAGAAGGGCGGCGGCGGCAUCUUCGACCAACAGACUGCGUCCGUCUCGGGGUCUCGGUAUAGCUGGCUGUUCUUGGCCAAUAUGACUUCGGUGCUGGGGAACUAUGCCACUCUUAGCGUGAACCAGGUGGGUCUUGAGACAAGAACAGUGGCAUUGAUGCAGGAGGCUAACACCACCCCGGUUUAG